GCGUCACUGUUUCAUGACGUCACAGACCCAGUCAGUAUAAAAGGUCUCGCCCUCGUAGAAUCUUUGUAGUUGAGUGAUGUUCGCAACAGAGACGUGAGUCUGAGUGAAGUCUGUGAAUACAAACCUAGCAACACUUGUACGAACGCCAGUCCGUAUAGAUCGAGAUAUAUUUAAUCUGUACAGACAGUGUGUAUCAGAUAACGUUACAGUUUAAUCUGACUUUACCAGAUAAGGAUUACUUAUCUAUCAGUAUGAGAACCACAGACACAAUGUCCACAGACGUGAGAGAGGUGCUUCUGGAGGUUUACGUCAACGACGCCUUCUACUUUGGUGACAGCUACUGGGCAUCAGAUGAUAAAGAUGUGCAGCUGGAGUUUGAGAUCACUGGUGACAUCUACGACCUUAUCAGCGGCAGUGCAUCUCGAGAGUUAGAUGUGCAGCUGGAGGUUGUGACAAUGGAUCAUGUCUCAGGCAGAUACUGCAGUCCAGGAGAGAUGCGUGUGCAGCUGGAGGUUAAUGGUAGAGACAACAUCUCAGUAUGUGAAGUGAAAGAUUUGCAGCUGGAGAUGAACAGGAACGACAGCAUCUCAGAGCUGAAGAGCCCUACGCUGGUCCCUGAAGAUCUGAGCGACCCAGCAGGACCUUCAAUGGAAGAGGCCAAUGAUCAGGGUGGCCUGGAUGCUAAGAACAGUCCAAUAGGACUCACUGUUGGGGAGAUGACCAAGAAAAUGUGGGCAAUCUUCCAGCAAAUUUGUGCAGUUUUCCAGACAAACACUCCAAAAACUGUUGGGCAACCUGAAGUGGAUCUUCUUGAUCUAAAGGAUCCAAGUGCUCCCAAGCCAGAACCUGAAUUGGAUCUGGUGGAUACUGAGCAAUUUUGUAUCCCUGAACCUGAAGUGGAUCUCGUUGUUCUUUCUGAACCUAAAAUGGAUCUGGUUGAUUUAGAGGAAUCAUGUGCCAGCCCAAAAGAAAGUACCAAAGCCAUGAAGAAUAAGAAAGUUCAUGGCUUCGUUGUAACCAAGAGAGCAGAAUAUGCUACAGUGAGGAAUAUGAAGAGAACUAGUACCUUCCUCAAGAACGACAGAUCUAACCCUGUUGAGGUCUCAGCAUGGCCUGAGAUGGAUCUGAAUGUUUGUGGACAAAAACCUAAGGAGGACCUGGUUGCUUCUCCUAAACUUAAAUGGGAUCUGGUUGAUUCAGUGGAACUGUAUGCCCCGGGUCCAAGCAUUCUCAAACCACGACAUGAAUGGGAUCUGGCUACUCCACUGGAUUUGGGUGCACCAAAUCCAAGCGUUCUUGAGCCAGAGGCUAAAGUUUUAUCUGAACUUUCAAGUUUGGAGAACUACGUCCCUUUAAACAUUCUUCAACUAGAGGAUCGUUUGAAGCAGUGUACACUGCUCAAACAGAGACAUGUCACCGAUGUCUGGCCCAGGGUCUUCAUCGGAGACGAAGAGACCGCAACAGACCGAGAUAUUCUGCAGGAGAUGUGCAUCACUCACAUUCUGAAUGCUGCAGCGCCUAAAAAGGACUUGAACUACUUCUUGGGAACAUCUUAUGUUGAAGACAUAGAAGGAACAGUCAAUACAGGGUCUAGAUAUUACAGAGGCUUGCACAUCAAUUAUUACAGCUUGCCUACAACAGACAGACACUGUUCUGACAUCAGCAAGUGUUUCAUGUCAGCUGCAAAAUUCAUUGACAAGGCCGUGAAUAAGCCAGGGAGUAAGGUGUUGAUUUGCUGCAAGCAGGGUGUCGACCACUCUGCGACUCUGUUUCUGGCAUAUCUGAUGAUCUGCCAUGACAUGAUGGUGGAGGAUGCCAUUGAUCACGUCAUAAAGUGGAGACGCAUCCAGCCCUCCAGAGACUUUCUGAAGAAGUUGAUGCUCCUCAAUGCUGACCUUGUGAACAAGCGAAAACUAAAGCUAGAGGACAUAAAGAAAGGAUAA